UUACGAUUCCGAUUUUACCUAACCAAAACGAUUUUAGGUAAAAUCUCGAUUUUGACAACCUUGGCGGCCACAAUACAAAUAGCAGAUAGUGUGCAUAGCAGCCGCUAUGUAAUUUUCUUUGAUUAUUUUGAUCAAAUUACCAUGUUAACCCCACAUCUAAAGUUUAAGUUAAAAAUUUUUAAGGUUAAUUAUGUCUUUCCAACUUUUCUAUUUAUAAAUUAAAGAAAGAAAACCCAAAAGCUAAAAAAACUCAUAGCCUCUGGUCUCGUCCUGCGCACGUCUGGUCUUCCGACUCUUCUCCUCCCAACUCUCCUCUCAACUCUCCUCCGACUUUUCUCCUCCCAACUCCCCUCUCGACUCUCCUCUACACUUUGCACAACAUCUGGUCUCCUCUUAGUCCCCAUCAGUCAUAGCAAGAAUGCAAGACAACUCUCACAGAGCUUACCCUUUCACACCUCCGGUAACUGGAGUUACUGGACUGCGAUUGCUCACUGAUCUGUACACCAUAUCAUCUCCGAUUUCAGUCUAGAUUGUAUAUAAUAAGUUGAUUUUGACAGUGACAUGGAAAGUGAAUGAUUUCUUGUCUUAAAGUUCUAUUAUCUAACUUUUUCCAGAAUUGAUCUUAUCUGAUUUUUAUACUCUUUAAGUAUUUUAUUAUCUUGUUUGAUUAUUAUAAACUAUGAUUUUUACU